CUGUAAAAAAGUAUAAUUUUUAAAUCGUUCACUUACUCUCACAACAAAUCACAAUCACUCGUUCAUAUCAUUCAUGUGAAGUCCAUGGGAUACUAAGUGAAGUUAUUUACCUGCCGAAGAAAAUUAUUAUUUCCUAAAAGUGACCUUCCUUCCGAUUAAUUUAUAUAAAUCCGAAAUACUUGUAUAUCGUAUCUCUUACAAAAAUAAUUGUAACAAGAAAUGUGAAAAUGUCAUAUGUUGGUAUAACUCACCAAUGGCCGUAUUCCAUUAGUGCUAAUAUAAAGUGUUUUCCUGUUUGAAGACUUGUAAUACACAAUGUUUGUCAAAAGAAAAACGAUGGUGGACACUUUCCAGUGGAGGAAGUGGUUUUUGUUACUAAUAUUUGCUGUUUUUCGAAAGCUUGAUCCUGUGGAGGGACUGAAGUGCUUCUGCAACAGCGAUAGCUCAAGCUGUCUCAACUCAACUUGUGAGACUGACGGCUAUUGCUACGCGUCCACCAACUUGGAGAAAGGAGUCCAGAAGUACACCUUCCAAGAGGUGGCCUUAAGCUGUUUGCCAAACAAAUCCUUCCCUCCUGACUAUCCAGUAAAAUGCAGAAACAUAAGAUCUUAUUGCUGUAGUACUGAUUUGUGCAAUACUGAUGAAAAUUACCGAGCAAAUAUAUCAGUCAAAGUGCAGCACGCCUCAACCAUGGAGUCGGGUGGUACUCCUACGGCAUGGCGCGUGGUACCGUGGAUCGUAGGCUUGAUAGUAGUGGGAGUAUGCGUCGCGAUCAGCGUGUGGUGGGCCAAGCGCUCACGAAAGAUGCUCAAGCGAGGGUCGCGGCCGCUGUUCACCGCCGAGGACUCCUUAUGCGAAGCCAGGCACCCCAUCAUGGGCACUGCCACUAUACGCGACAUGAUCGAGCUCACCACUUCUGGAUCUGGAUCAGGGCUGCCGCUCCUGGUGCAGAGGUCUAUAGCUAGGCAGAUUCAGCUAGUGGAUAUCAUCGGCAAGGGCCGGUUCGGCGAGGUGUGGCGCGGGCGCUGGCGCGGCGAGAACGUCGCCGUCAAGAUAUUCUCCUCCCGCGAGGAGUGCUCCUGGUUCCGUGAGGCCGAGAUCUACCAGACCAUCAUGUUGCGCCAUGAGAACAUACUCGGAUUCAUCGCUGCUGAUAAUAAAGAUAACGGCACGUGGACGCAGCUGUGGCUAAUCACAGACUACCAUGAGAACGGAUCUCUGUUUGACUUCCUGAGCGCGCGCACCAUAGACUCCGCAACCCUGGUCAAGAUGGCGCUAUCCGUCGCUACCGGACUUGCUCAUCUCCACAUGGACAUCGUCGGCACGAAAGGGAAGCCAGCAAUAGCUCACCGGGAUCUGAAGUCGAAGAACAUUCUAGUGAAGAGCAACCUGACGUGCGUGAUUGGCGACCUCGGUCUGGCUGUCAGACAUAAUGUGGCGUGCGAUUCUGUUGAUGUACCCUCCACUAACCGCGUCGGCACCAAGCGAUACAUGGCCCCAGAGGUAUUAGAUGAAAAGAUGGACACGGGCCAAUUCGACCCGUACAAGCGUUCUGACGUGUAUUCCUUCGGGUUGGUGUUAUGGGAGAUGGCGCGGCGUUGUGGGGCCAUGCCUGAUGAGUACCAGCCUCCAUACUAUGACUGCGUACCCCCCGACCCGGCAUUGGAAGACAUGCGUCGCGUCGUCUGCCUUGAGAAGCGUCGCCCCAACGUGCCCAACCGGUGGCAUUCGGAUCCAGUACUCUCUGCGAUAUCGAAGGUGAUGAAAGAGUGCUGGUACCACAACCCGGCGGCGCGGCUGACGGCGCUUCGCAUCAAGAAGACGCUCGCGAACAUCGGCUCGACCGACCACAUUAAGCUGUAAGCACACGACUCGGACUCGCGAGCCGGACGUCUCCGCGCCCUACAAACCCCUCCACAUGCAUACAACCCGCAAGUAACAUAAUUUACGUAACUAUAAACGGUUUUACAGCACAUUACACCCUUUAGAAUUAAAUAAUCCAACAUGUACAACUACCACACUUUAUCACUUAGUCUAUAUACAUUUCGUAACUAUUACUUUUAAGAUAAUACGCGUAGUACUUACAAUAUUUAAUUUACUACUUAUUUCAAAUGGUGGUUUACAAGUGUUAGUGGAGUAUUUAUGGAAGGGACGUUGGAUUCCACUGUCCACGGUGGUGGAGCUGGUAGCGUGCGCGAGGCCGGUUCGCUCCUCGCAGUCUUCUGACUCUACCUCAUUCGAGUAAUAUCACAAGGAGCAUUUAUUAAAUGUUACGUUAUACUUAUAGUGAUAUCUUUUCGUUACCAACUACCUAGUUUUUAGCUUUCAUUAAGAGUUUUCAUUUUAUCAUUGUGCAUAAUAGAAUUAGAUACGAAAGGUCCCCUUUAAUUUUCGUAAACUGUAUUUUCUGUGAUAUGUUACGAAAAUGCAGAAUUGUUGUAAAUUUAUUCGUGUUUUUUUCUAAAAUGUGUAGUUGUAGUCCCCAUUAUUUCAUAAGUGGCCGAGGAAAUUAUGCAGUUUGUUAUACGAUUAUGUUAUUUUUUAUUUUCCGAUUAUGUUAUACGAAUUAUAUUGCUACGUUAUGUAUGAUACAGUAGUGUCGUUGUAGAAACAAGGGCGUAGCUGUCACUGGCGCGGUACGCAACAACAAAUUGUAAGCAAUCGUAAUAUUUAAUUCUAAAGUGAAUAAACAGAGCACGCCUUCUUUAAAGAGUUUCUAAUUAUACCUUUUAAUUGUUAAAUAAUCAUAAAUUAUCUGUGUAAGACGCUUUGAUAAUGUUAUGUUAGAUUUUAUUGUAUAGCCGUGUCACACAUAAAUGUCAUUUCGGGGAACAGUUUUAAUGAUAACAAUUAAUCCAUACUAAUUUUAUACGUGGGAAAUGUAUCUUUUGGUGUAUACCCGACAGUUAAAUUGACAGCGAACGUCAAACGCGCUGCAUACCAGCAAGAUUCCUAUCUGAUUCGUCCGGGUUAUUGUUACAUUUUAAAUUGACAGCUGUCAAUCAUCGAUCUCAUUCCUUACCGGCAAAUAAGAAAAAGACAGGUAGAACUAAAAAUGAAGGAGGUGUCUUCUGGUUUCUCAAAUUACAUAGUACCAUCCAAAACAGCCCCUCAGCAUACCAGAAAUAAUGCGCGCAUAUGGAACACCAGUGACGAGCAUUUGUAUUGUCAAAUAUUAAUAAUGAUACGACGCAAUGUCACUAGAUGAAACAUUUCCAUAUACGUAAACUUAUACCACACCCCGUACACUUCAUAUAAGACACCUCGUCUUCACACGGAUACUACAUAUUGGCAUUAUCGAACACGCGCAUCAGUGUGUGUGAAGUUUGACGCCCAUACGAUCGCAGACUAAAGACCGAGGGGGUGAAGUAAACCUAGUUCAGCCGCUGGUGGGGAACGUAGAGUUGCCGUUCUAUACGUAGUAUUAAUCCGUAUUCUGUGCUGAUACAGUUAGCGUCCAACCCAAAGUACAAAAGAGUACCGGUGCAUUGGGACUAAAUCUAAAAUAUAUAGAAGGGAGCAGACGUGUUAGUACUAAUUGUUUUCGGUAAAAUGUCGGUAUAAUAUUGCGCAGUGGCGUCAGGGUUUAACCCUAGAGAUAUGACAAGUAGAAAUUGCAGGGGAUCGUGUAAUGAUGUUUAUGUGUAACUGGUUGGCGUGUUAGGGUAAGUUGAGAGGAAAAUAUUAAAUUAUUAAUAAUACGUAUAAAUUAGGUAGGUGCAUAAGAAAUAAAUAUUGGAAUGAGAGCUUAUUAGGAUAAGCUGGAAAUUUGUAAAUAGCGUCGUUUUGUCAUUUUCUACGUCGGCUGAAAAGUUUCGUAAAAUCACGUGUCCGUAGGUCCAGGAAUUCAAGCACAGGGGAACCAAAAAUAUUUUUUGAAAAUAUUUCAUUUCCAUUAAUUAAUUUUAAUUAAAUGUUUUCAAAAAACCUGCUUUUAAGAUCUUUUACCAAGUUUCUGGACUUGCGGAUACUUCUGCAAAGUGAAAAAUGCUGUAAUAAAUAUACCAAUUUCUAGCUUAUUCACUCUCAUUCCGGGGUUGAAUCCUUAUUUGACUGUAUUAUAAUAUAAUAAUAAUAGUUCAGCAGAGUGCACACGUUUUCAUACUUAUUCUUAUCCGGAAACUGUGGACGGUGCGAUAGGGUGUUUGUAUAUAGAGAGGGAGCUAGGCUCCUUUACGACGUACUAUUUGCAUAAGGAUUUUGAUAAACACGUAGAUUUCAUACAUAAUAUAUGUUAUAAAUUUUGUAUUUGUAGGGUUACAGGUAUAAUUUAUUUCGUUUUUGGUUUUAUAGAGCCAGGUGAUACGUACACUACAUGAAGUUUUCCACCCGAUGAUAUAUUAUAGUAGGUACACUUCGUUUUCCAGGUUGUCGGGUAGCAAACUUCGUCUAGUCCAUUUUAUAAUUAUGAUAGAUAUUAUUUCAGACUAUGUAUUUUUAUUAUGUAACUACGUAUUAUGUUUUGUUUUGUAAUGAAAUAUUUUGAUAAAUAUUUUGAGUAUAGCCAGCAAUCGAUGUCGGUGAUCAGUCGGCAUAGUAUGCGUAAUUAUGAUAAAAAUAUUUUCGACUAUUAUGAUUGUCUGAAAAUAUCUAAUAACGGCUGUAUAUUAUUCCUAAUAUUAAGUUGUAAAUAUAAUAAAAGAGGUAGUUUUGAUUUCUUAUAACAUGUAUCAGCAAACUUACUCAAAUGUAAUUCACCACCAGACAAAACUAGAGACUGAUGUACAUUAGUAUCCCCAGCGCGAAUUAUAUCGACGGCUGGAACCAAAUAGACGUCGUAUGGGUGUUGGUCGACGCCCUCGAUAUCAUUCCCUCGAAACCCGUACCCGAAAAUAUUAUUGUACUUUUUGCAAUGACAAAUCAGUUACCUACACUAUAAAAACUACAGUAGCAUAGUAAAACGUUCAGACCCCUUUGUAUAACAUAUUAAUCUAUAUACUUUUUCGUAUUAGCCCAACACUACUCAAAUAAUAAUUUUGACUAUAACUGCAAAAAUCUGAGCACAAUAAAUUUUACGACGUUGUUGGUUUGUCAAAUUAAUGCCAGCAAAAAGAAAGCACAACUUCUAUAUUUUAAUAAUAUUGUUUUAGAGGAGGAAAUCAAUAUUUUUUGUUACUUCCAUAUUUUAUCCACGAGACCAACUAAAAAAUACACGCGUAAAACACCAGUCGGAAUCCGACAUCAAAACAAUAUUUUAUUCUAGAUAAAAAUCUGCAAUUAAUUGAGUAAUGUUAGUGAAUUAGAUGUAAGUGUACCCAUUUUGAAGAAUUGCUUACAACUUUACAGUCUUUUGUAGACUAAGCUUCGAUUGAAGUUUCAAUAUUAUAAAGACAUGAAUUUAAGAUAUUAACAAUAGGCGGGAGCCUCCUAUUCAAUGUUUAGAUUUCUAGUAUUUCUGAGAUACUUUUGUAAUUUACAUUUGGAUGUGCACACAAAGGAUAAAUAAAGUCACUAGCAGAUUAGAAAGAAAUGGAGAAUAAAAUAUCGAGUAGACAACAAUAGAAAGACUCAUGAGGAUUUAUUCUUCGAAAGCCUUGUGGUUAAAUUGUACUGGCAUACAAAGUUCGUCCUAACUUGAGUGCAUGAGAUUGCCAAAUCAAAUAAGACUGAUACGAUAGCCCGUAGUGAAGGUUUCUGUAGGACGUACUUUGGAUAUCUCGCGGAAUAUAACUAGAUACAGGGUGUUAGUAACAUCGUAACGAAUACUGAGGGGGAUGAUUCAGACCAUGAUUCUGAGUUAAAAUCAAGUGGAAUUUUCCGUCGCAAAACUCAUGUUUUUUUUUUAUUAUUUUUUAAUUAUUUUUUACUCUAUACUUCUGCGAUCGAAAAUUCCACUUGAUAUUAACACAUAAUAAUGAGCUAAAUCAGCCCCUUCAGUAUUCGUUACGAUGUCACUUACACCCCGUACCAGUACAUACAGGUAGCCAUACAAGUAGGUAUGGGUGUUAGUGACACUGUAACGAAUACUGAGAGGGAUGAUUCAGAGCAUGAUUCUGAGUUGAUAUUAAGUGGAAUUUCCUGUCGGAAAAUUCAUGAUUUUUUUUGUGUUUUUUUAAGUUAUUUUCCAUUCCAUACUUUUGCGACGGAAAAUUCCACUUGAUAUCAACUCAGAAUCAUGGCUUCAAUCAUCACUCAAAGUUUUCGGUACGAUGUCACUAACAUCCUGUAUAUUUUGUUAUUGAAUCUUUAUGCCGAGGAUUCAUAAACUGGCAGCUAUUUUCAGUUUGAGUAUGAAGAAACACACCUUUUCUUUCGUCUUCUUCGUUUAAGAGCAAUGCUGUAUUUGCCUACCUUUAUUCACAGCGGGUUCCUUAAGUUCCUGAUACUAUACAACUUCCAAAUUGUCUCUUAGUAAUCUUCUUGUCAUUUCUCUUCCUUCUAACAAUCUUGGGAACGCAGUAAUGGUGGUGAGUUAAUUAACGUCUCAUUCAGCAGCUUUGGAUACGACCACUAAGUACAGGGCCACGUCCUUUGUGUGCACAAGCCGGGUUUUGAAUACUAUAAUUAUGACGAGAUUAAAUAUUUUAGAUAUUUAGCUUUAGAUCGACGAGUUCAAAUUAAUGUCCUUAAAAUCGAAUGUACAAGAAUCAAACUAUUGGUUUGAAACUAUUGAUAAGCAAUACCAAGAGAGUACAAGUAAUGUAUUACUUACUGCAAUAACUAGAGGAAAAUGCUACAUCAUAUCAAGGUACCGUUCGAAUGAUCAAUUCCAAAUUAUUUUAAUGUACAUAUAUUGUAGAACGCCCUUACUUCGUCUGUUUAAACGGUUUUUUAACCCCGCCAAAACUACCAAACACUGCAUUAUGCUAUGUUACCUAUGUUAAACAGACUAAUAAGACAUAGUUUCUAUAACCAUAGAUAAUAAAUUGUUUCUAUAAUUUUCUACUUAUCACCUGUUUUUGGUGGUAGAAAUGUAGGUGAAGUUAAGGAAUUAUACUUAAUAUAUUUUACUAUAUUAUUCAUUAGAUUGAACUGUAUAUCGCAAUGAUGGCAGUUGAUCAGAUUUAAAAUACUUUUAUUCCAGUCCUAUUAAUGUAUACCAUAUACUGUUAAAAAAAUAAAUAGACGUAGGCGAUGUUAGCACCCAUUUAUUACGAAUAUGACAAAAAUAUCCAAUUUGACAGAGUUAUCAACUUCUUACUUUUUGUCUUAUUUAGCAAAUAAAAGAUAAAUCUAUCUCUCUUCUCUAGUAAAGUAAUAUACUUUAUACAAUCUUUUUAAGAAGUUGAUUAAAACAUAUUUUGUGCCAACCCUAUGACAGGCGAAACUUCGUCUAACUAGACGCGACACUAUGCAGAAGCAAUGUCCUAAUAUAAUUAAAAAUAUAAGCAUAACUAUUAGUUAUAAUAAAUGUAAACUAUAUCUACAAACUACAACCGCGUUACAAAUGAUUUAUAUAAAUUUGAAUAUUUUAGGCGAAGUGAGGGCGUUCUACGAUACUAUUAUUUAAAUGCCCAUUGUAUAAGUUUUAUUAAUUGGUUAUGGAGUGGACUAAUUACCUAAUAUAAUAAAAUAAAACAAGUGUUUUUAUAAAAAA